AUGAGAGAGAAGCAUGACUUGUUGAUCCUGACCGAUGCAACUGCCUCCAUGGGCGGCUACCUCCACUCCCUAAACAAAUCACUGCCAGAAAUAAUUCGCAUCUCGGCCCUCACUGGCUGUUUCGAGAGAAUAGGCGUCCUGGCGUACCGCGAUUACUACAAAGGCGAGCUGACUGAGUGGUCCGGAUGGCUCGGCCAAGGAUACCCUUUGAAGCAGAGUGAUUUGCUUGACUUCACGACAAAGCUGCGCCCGGAGCAUGGCGGCGAUUGGCCUGAGGCUGUGAAGACGGGCCUUGCGCACGCCUAUUCGGUGAUGCGGGAAGACGCAAAGACGCUGGUUCUGCUAUAUGCGGACGCUCCUCCUCACACUCCAGCGACGGGUGGGAAAUACCGCGCGUCUGAAAUAGAGCGUCUGAAGACCGACGCCUAUGGCACUGGGCCCGAGUUCCUCGACUGGGUGUCGGUAUCCAAGCACUUUCGCGAUGGUCCCAAAAAGGCCACUUUCAUCAGCGUCAUUCAAUCCACUCUUGCCGAUACUCUGUCAGCACACUUGUUCCUGAACCAUUUCACUGGAGGUACAUGCGUGGAGAUUCCAGAUGUGUCCACGCCUGAGACCAUCUCCUCGCUGACAAUCAACGUGCUUCUCACCUGGAUGGGCGCCGAGAAGAACGGCGCCGAGGCAGCCAGUUCCACCAAGAUAGGCUCUGUGGUGAACUACAAGGACGUCAGUACAAUCAACGACGUCGCCUCGGAGGCGGAUGAGCUGAGUAGAUCAUACUUCGUCAAGAUUGACAAUAAGGAGUAUUGCAAUUAUGUGAAGAGCAAUUUGAUUGCCACACCGCUCACCCUAGAAAACAUGAAGGACAAGAUCCCACGGCGGCAGGAGAAUGGAAAGGACAGCCCUCCCAUGGAUUUCUCCAAGCGCUAUUCUGCGGACAAGGUUUACCGCGCCACCGUUUCGAAGCAGUUGGCUGAUAUCAUUGAAUCAAACGUGAUAUCGAUGACUGUCAACCCGGUCUUUGGGACGUUAUGGCGGACCGUUUGCAAUGACCGCGAUGGGGAAGACCGAGACAAACUCAUCGAGAUGUUUGGCACACGAGUCAACAAUAUCGUUUUCCCGGAUCUGAAGGCUAAGAUGAAAGCCUGGCUGGAAUCGUCCUAUGACUAUGUGGGAGAAAUCACGGCGCUGAUUGAGUCGGUUCCAGAGAAGCAGCGCUUCCCUUGCGUCUUCCUUGAUCCAGCCGUAUCUUUCACGGAAAUAGACUCUGACGGGAACAGGGUCCAGGCUUCAUUGAAGUUCACCCGCGAUGAACUGAUGGAAAUUGGCCGGUCCUGUGAUGGUCGGAUCCUCGGCCGGCUCGGCAAGGUGAUGGCGCGCCUUACCUAUGUUCUGCGUGAAGAAGACAUGUCAGAGCACAUCAAGGCUGCACCAGAGUCAGAAGUUCCAAGAAUUCCUUUGGUGCUGGUAAACCAGAAAUAUAAGCGGCAGUUCUGGAAGGUCUUGCUGCACACUGUGCUUCCAGGUACGAAGCUAUCAGCACGGCCAGCCGCGUUGUUAGCUGCGUUGAGCUUGCGAAUGGGUAUCAAGCCCCUCGAGGAAGCGGCCGAUGCCGAGCUUCUGGCAUACCCCAAGUGGAACAACUUGGAUAUUCCUGAGACAUGGAAUGCAAGCUGUUUGAGAUUGCUUCUCGAGGCGGACAAGUCAUACCGCAGCCGAAACGAAUCCACCCACUCGAGCGAAAGCAUUCUCAAAGAGGAGGACCGGCGUCUGUUUCAGGCUCUUGUCGAUUACAAGAUGCUGGAAAUGAAUUUGAAAACAAGUCUGACUGCCAAAGUUGGAUGGCAGCCUAGCAAGUCAAAGGUUUCCCUUGGUCCAGUCGUGCAAUGCCCAGGCUGCAAGUUCCCUCGCUCCGUUACAAUGAUGAACCUGAGUGGUCUAUGCGGUCUCUGCGCAUCCGAUUAUAAAACUGAAGAGGAGCGCAAGACUUAUAUCAAUACUCAAGUCUCUGCACAGGACAACCAAAAGACUACGGCCACUUGGGUGGAGUGCUCGAUGAAAUAUUGCCGAGCACAGUACGUCGUUUACAAUGCAGGGAAGCUCAAUGUUCGUCCCAAGUGCUGGUACUGUCGAAUGGACGGGCUCAUGCCUAAGAAUCACCCGGAAAGAGACGUCUGCACAACUGCGCCUUGCGUUGAAUGCAAGAAUUGCUUGAGCCGGGUCAUAUGGCCGGUACAAUACCGCCCCAAGCAAUUCAAUGAAGCCGAGUUCAAGUGCAUGGCAUGCCAGACGGAGCGGAUUGCAACCAUCAUUGAGGUCGAGACGACGCCAGAGCAGCUUGCUAACCAGGAGCACAAUGGCUUUGAUUGGCUCCUACGCAAUGACGACAAGAAGAUUGCGCAGCCGUUCAAUAACAGAUCACUCUUCUACGCAAUCUCAAAUGCAGGCACCGAAGGAUUCGCGGACAAGGUUGAAGUCCUCCCUCGUCGGACAAAUGGGGACGGUAGCAUGGAGAUCCCGAGACUCACGAUUCAGGGAAAGCUGGUCCGAAAUGCCAGCGUGAUUAUUGAAUCACUGCGAUCGUGGGUGGAGUCGCGACAGGUUGAGUCAGGAACUUGCAGUUUGUGUUUCAGCAACAUGAGAAAGUCUGAUCUACUAAGUGCCUGUGGCCGUCGCGGCUGUGGCCAGCAGAUUUGCAAGUCCUGUUUUGAUGGCUGGUACGGUUCAAACUCGCACGGCCAGAUCCUGAAUCUUGCGGCACUGAGUUGUCCAUUCUGUCGACGACAGCCCUCCCCCAAGGUCCUUCCCAAGAAUCUCCGCACUCUGGGGAAUCUCAAGACUGCAGUGGAGGACAACGGUUGGAUCUACGCGUGGUGCUGGUACUGCAGCGAGGCGAGCCGAUACAUGGAGCGAGCGUGUGGUGCCGGUGCGCCGCCUCCUGUGAGCGAAUGGUGUUGUGACGAGUGUAUGGGUCGCGAACCUGGAAAGAAGCCAGGAAUCCGCGUGAAGGAGUGUCCGGGCUGCGGCGUACAGACCGAAAAAGAUGGAGGGUGCGACCACAUAAGCUGCACCAUUUGUGACACCGAAUGGUGUUUCUUUUGCGGAGAGGAAGUUCCGUAUGAUAUCUACGAACACAUGACCGAGAAGCAUGGAGGAUGGUAUGGAUCAGAAGAAGCUGAUGACGGGUGGGAGUAG